AAAUCAAAAUUCAAAGAACACUGAAACACAACAACACAAACCGAGACUUCAUUUUGGCCAAAUGUGGGUGCUGACAGACACUGUUAACACAUACUUUAAUAUCAUCACCCUCUUUUUCUUAUAUUCUGAUGCUCCCUUUUCAGACAGAAUAGACAAGAAACAGAAUAGUUAGAGAAUGAUGUUGAUGGAUGAGGUGAUGCUAAUUGUAAGUAAGCACACACAUGUUUGUAGAUGCUAAAUAACCUGCAAAUUGUUUUUUUUUAUGCGCGACAUUCUGCUAAGGUCGAAGAAGGGUUGGAAUCAAAGAAAGCGAGAAUCUUUUCCAAGUUAGGCGCGAGAGUUGUUGGUGCUUCUGCUCGUGUAAAGGAGGCCUUCACCCUCAAGAAUUUCCGCAUCAAAGAUAAUGAGAAACAUGCGAAUCCAUCUCUAUCUGAUGAAGUAUGGCGGUUAGAUUGUAUUUGGAGGCGUGGUGCGAUCGAUAAGCAGUCUUCUAGAAAACAACAUCUGCACCGUGGAGGAUUUCCUCAUUCAACGCCUCAAAAAUCCAUAAGUUUCUUCUGUAUUCCCUCCUCAGAUGACAAAUGAAAUGUCUAAUUAAGGUGCAAAUGAAGAAUUUUGGUAUCCAAUCUUGCCUUUGUACAAAUGAAGUAUUGCUAAUUUGCUUCUUCAGUUGAAAAUAGGUCUAAACUGGCCUGCAGUAGAUUGUGAAUUCACCAAAUAAGAAUUGGCAGAAGAUUGUUAGUAGAAAGGGAUGGAGAAUAUUGUUCUUUGUUUUGAAAUUUAGGCAAAGGCUGGUUUUAGAAGUUAGUCCAA